CCCCCGCCUCUGCGGUUUUCUUGUAUUGUUUAAUGUUUUUUUCUGUUUAUUGUGUACAUAAAAAUUAAUUUUAAUUUAUAAAAUAACACACAUGAGAAAAUAUUAAUGAAAUUAAUUUUUAAUAAGGGUACUGUCGUAACGAAAUAAUAACUAUGAGUUCAACAGAUCCCAUGAGUUAUAAUGUUAUUAACGAAAUACGAGAACCAAGUUCACCCAGAAAUACAGAUGACUAUCCAGGACUACGCGAACAAGCAAUCGCUAACUUUCAGAAACCAAACCUACCAAAUAUAAAUGUUCCUGAAAAAAUUAUUGUCUGCCUUGAUGUCUGUUGUGAUAAUCAGAAUUCAUUGUAUCGCCUUGGUGAUGGAACUACAUUUUCACCUCUAAACAUGCUAAAACGUGUUCUAGAUUUUUUUAUCCAUUCAAAGCAUACUAUUAAUAAAAGAACUGAAUUUGCUUUAAUAAUACUAAAGGAUGCAAGUGCUUUUUUGGUUCAAAAUUUUACUAAUAAUGUAAGAGAUAUCAUACAUACCAUUGAUUUUGUCAAUGCUGAGGAAUCUGUGUCAGAAACAUUUGAUUUUAAACAUGUUUUUGAUAUUAUUAAACAGGAAGUAGAAAUACCCGAGUAUAAACAAUCAGAAUGUAUAAUUCCUCCUCCAUAUAUUGUGAGAAUGGUUGUUUUGUAUGCCCGUUCCAAAUGUGUCCCCCUUAUAGCACAAGAUGAUUCUUAUUUGACCUUCUUAAAAGUACAAAUGUAUUUUUAUAUAGAUAUUCUCUUUGCCCAUGAAGAUGAAUGUAAUCUGUUUAAAUGUGAAGAAAUAUAUGAUGCACUGCAGAAUUUAGAUAAUGGAUAUUCCUAUGUCUUUGAGGUGUCUAGGAACGCUGCCAAAAUCCAUGAAAGCAUUGCAAAGUUAUUAGCACAUCCCUUGCAAAGGUUAUUACAAAAAAAUACAGACUAUGGUUUUGGUACAAGAUGUUAAUUCUAGAUUUCAAUUUAAUCUUUGUCUAAAGGACAUAUGUAUUGCAAAGCUUGUAAUUAAAUACAUUAUGUUAAGAACUAAUUUAUUCUCUCUUACUCUGUUAUUUUCAAUAACUACAAAUACUAUGUAAAAGGAUGAAUAAGAAAUCAGAUAUACAAAUCAUCUUUUAUUUAAAACUCAAAACUUAAUCAAACUAUACAUGGUCGUAAAUAAUAAAAAAUAAAAGUAACCUGUAAAUAAACCAUACAAAAUAUACUAUUUACAUUGAUUUGUUGGACAAAAUUACCAAUUGUGAUGCAGUCACAAUAUUAAAGGGUGCAUUGUAUUACAAUUUAAACUUUUAUGAAAAUCAGAUGGAGAGUUGUCUUGAUAUUUAAGAGAAUCAUUUGAUCCCAUUAGGUUUUCUGCAGUCUAGGUUGCAAACACCAAAAUAAGUA